AUGGCGGUGUCAUUGAAUCAAACAUUAGUCACUGAAUUUCUACUCUUGGGGGUGACAGACAUACAAGAACUGAACCCUAUUCUCUUUGUCACGGUCCUUGCCAUGUACUUUGUCAAUGUGUUUGGGAAUGGAGCCAUCAUGAUGAUCGUCAUCUUAGAUCCAAGACUCCACUCACCUAUGUACUUCUUCCUGGGAAACCUAGCAUGUCUAGAUAUCUGCUUCUCCACUGUAACAGUGCCAAAGAUGCUUGAGAACUUCUUCUCCACAAGCAAAGCAAUUUCCUUCUUGGGAUGCAUAACUCAGCUUCAUUUCUUUCACUUCCUGGGAUGCACAGAGGCCCUGCUGCUGACAAUCAUGGCAUUUGACCGCUUUGUGGCUAUCUGCAGACCACUCCACUACCCUUCCAUCAUGAAUCGUCAGGUGUGUAUCCAGGUGGCUGUCUCCAUCUGGGCCAUUCCUUUCCUUCAUGCUCUGGUUCACUCCAUAUUGACAUCUCAAUUGAACUUUUGUGGUUCCAACCAUAUCCAUCAUUUCUUCUGUGAUGUUAAGCCAUUAUUGGAGCUGGCCUGUGGAAACACUGAACUCAACAGGUGGCUGCUCAAUAUUCUUGCAGGAACCAUUGGCAUUGGCCUCUUCUUUCUGACUUUUCUCUCCUACUUCUACAUCGUCACCUAUCUCUUUCUCAAGACCCGUUCUUGCAGCAUGCUCCACAAAGCACUCUCCACUUGUGCCUCUCACUUCAUGGUUGUCAUUAUUUUUUAUGCUCCUGUUCUCUUCAUCUAUAUCAAUCCCAAUUCAGGGAGCUCCCUGGAAAAGGACAGGAUCAUUGCUGUCAUGUACACUGUGGUCACUCCUGCACUCAAUCCACUUAUCUAUACUCUGAGGAACAAGGAAGUGAGAGGUGCUCUGAAUAGAAAAAUCAGAAUACAGCUUUUACUUGAAGAAAUCUAG